AUGUCUGGUUCCAUACCACUGUGCAUUUUUUUCAUAGUGGUAUUUCACUUAGCAGUUUCUCAAGAUGAAUUUACUGCCUCUUACUGUGUGUACUUUCCAAGUAUAGCUCAGAAUUGCGAAGAUGAAGGAGGUGCACUAUGCGAGAAUAUUUUUAAACAUAAUUCAGCUAGUGAAUUUUCCACUGAAGAAACUACACGUGGCUCCAGUGUAGGCACAACAGAAGCGUCUACUAGAAACACUGAUUCAGAAUAUACUGCUGAAAACAGCAAAGAUAUUCAAGACUCUACAACAGCUGACUUUAGUGAAAUCACCAGUAAUGCGUUCACGAGCACUGCUUCCGAAUCUGAAACCUCUACGAUCAAAAACACCCAAAGCUUUGUUACAUUCUCUGCAACACAAGUUCCAGAGAAAUGUGUCAAUAAGAGCUAUCAAGGUUUUAUUAAACUGUGCAAAAAAACUUGCUUCGCUUGCUGUUUGAAUGAAAAAAAUAAAUGUGAAGAUAACCCAGACUAUGCGGCUCUCUGCAAAUCUUAUUCGAAAGAGUUGUGUAGCAGUACAAAUCCACUUUAUCAGACAAUAGCACGCGAAAUGUGUUCUAUGACUUGCGGUACGUGCCUAGCUACGAGGGAAUGUAUUGACAAAGAUUUGCACGUUUGUACCAAAUUAUCAGCGAAAUACUGCGAUGAUCCUAAAUAUAAGUCGUUCAUGGCUGAAGAAUGUCCAAAAACAUGUGGACUUUGCUACAAGCCAAGUGAGCAACAGAAUUGUCUUGAUUUAUGUUGA